UAACUAUAUAAUAAAUGUGCAGUGCGCGAUGUAGAAAAUAGAAAUCAAUCUUGCUCCAAUAAUAAUUUAAGAAUAUCAAUAAAAUCUCAUUAUUAAAUAGAUAAUUAUUUACAACGAAACAUAUAAGUUACCAAGAAAACCAAAGAUUGACACACACACAUGCGAUCUAUAAUGCAAAUUAGAUAAGUAGUUUAUUUGAGACAUGCUUUGAGUAACUUCGAAAAAGAAAAAUCCCCCACAAAGAGAAGAGAAUAAUAUUGUAGUUUCUCACAAGUCACAGCUGGAAUCGCAUUCAUACAAUUUUCAAUUCAUCAUUCGUUCGCAGACAGUCGUUGAGAGUUGUGAAGUCGUCGCGUGUUCACACACAAAAUCAAACCAUAACCAUGGCUUCGAAAGAUCUUCCGUCGCCUAGUGAAAUAGCUCUAAUUACGCCCGGCUCAGAGCAACCACCCACAGCAAUGGGUUUUGGCGAGGCGCCAAACAACCGGUCGUCAGCAGAUUCUGCUGCUGCUGCACCUGCAGCAGAGAAAGUUCAAAUGAAAAAACAACUCGGACUCCUCGAAGGAGUUGCCAUUAUUUUAGGUAUCAUUUUCGGUUCGGGUAUAUUCAUUUCUCCCAAAGGUGUCAUACGCGAAGUGGAAGCUGUUGGAACGUCCUUAGUCAUUUGGAUACUUUCUGGGUUGCUUUCUAUGAUUGGAGCACUUUGUUAUGCCGAAUUAGGAACUUGUAUUCCAAAAUCCGGUGGAGAUUAUGCUUAUAUUUAUGAAGCUUUCGGUUCUUUACCUGCAUUCUUAUAUCUUUGGGAUGCAAUGAUGAUAUUUGUGCCUACAACAAAUGCAAUUAUGGGGCUAACUGUUGCUUCAUAUGUACUACAACCUUUCUUUCCUGAGGAAUGUAAAAUACCAGAUGGUGCCUUGCAACUAUUAGCUGCAGUUAUGAUUUGUUUUCUUACUUUUCUGAAUUCCUAUAGCAUGAAAGCCACGACGAAAAUGCAAAAUGUAAUCAUGUUUACUAAGGUUGCAGCUCUUGUAUUGAUAAUUAUACUUGGCCUGGUUUGGAUGGCAAUGGGCAACGUUGAAAACUUCAACAAACCAUUUGAUAACUCAGAAACAGAUCCUGGUAAACUAUCUGUUGCAUUCUAUUCUGGUAUAUUUUCCUAUGCUGGGUGGAAUUACUUAAAUUUUAUGACGGAAGAACUUCGUGAUCCUUAUAAGAAUCUCCCACGUGCUAUUUAUAUAUCUCUACCUCUUGUUACUGCAAUUUAUGUUCUUGCAAAUUUAUCAUAUCUUGCUGUUCUCACUCCACAACAAAUGGUUGCUUCAGAAGCUAUUGCUGUGACAUUUGGAAAGAAAGUAUUGGGCGUUUGGUCUUUAAUAAUACCAAUAUUAGUAGCUGUAUCAGCAUUUGGUGGCUUGUCAGUGCAUAUAAUGGCAUCAUCUCGAAUGUGUUUUGUUGGUGCUAGAAAUGGUCAUAUGCCUUCAUUGUUGUCACAUAUCAGCAUUGACAAGUACACGCCAACACCAUCUUUAGUGUUUUUGUGUGCAUUAUCAAUUGUUAUGUUGCUUGUAAGCGACGUUUAUGUUCUCAUUACCUACAGUAGCAUAGUGGAAUCGUUUUUCAUUAUGCUUUCAGUAUCAGCUGUAUUAUGGUUCCGAUACAAAAGACCAAACAUGGAAAGGCCAAUUAAAGUUCCACUUUGGGUCCCCAUUGUUUUUGUGAUAAUCUGUGCUUUCUUAAUCAUUGUUCCUUGCUAUGUCGCACCUUACGAGGUUGGUAUGGGUGUUCUUAUCACAGUUAUUGGAAUUCCAUUUUACUACGCUGGUAUUGUAUGGCAAAAUAAGCCAAUAUGGUUACAAAAUGCAAUUGGCAAAGUGACUCUCACCUUUCAGAAACUUUUUAUGUCAGCAAAAGAAGAAAAAGACUGAAGCACUUACACUUUUGUUAAUUUAUUUUUAUAUUAACAUUAUUAUGUUUAUUUUUCAAUGAGUUUUUUUUUUGCUUCAUAAUUAAUUCAUCAAGUUCUUUUUAUAUUUUUUUGAGUAUUUUUUUUUAUAGACUUAUGAAUUUUGUUUUCUCGUGUUUGCUGGUAAGAACUUAUCUACAAAGUGUGCAUUUAUUAUUAUUUUGUAUUGUAUAAAUUACAUAGUAAGUUAAAAUAACUACACAAAUGUUUUUUAUAUAAUAUACAUAUAUAUAUUAAUUUAUAAUAUAUAAAAAGCAAAAAAAAAAUAUUCACACAAUUCAAUCAAAAAAUAAUUUAGAUACUGAAUUAAAAGUUUAUCAUACUCAUUUAGUACAGUGAGUAUUGAAACUUGCGGUUUUUAUACUGAAUCUCCUUCCCGUGAGCCGCAGGCUAUAUUUUAUGCUUUGUUUCUCAACUCUUGAAAACUCGUUUAUUAUAGUGCCAAACUUAUAAUGAGCACUAACUGUAAAAAUCUCCAUCGAAACGAAUAAUUUUUCUGGCUUUUUAAGAUCAAUUGUAAAUAAAUUCCUUAAAACUAGUAAAUUCAAUAAUAAAAAAAAAAACAAUAAUGUAAAACUUUGUAUGAACGAAAUUAUUAAAAAAAAUUGAUUAAUUUUUCCAAAGCAAAUUUUUUAUUAUUUGGUAUUGCCACAAUUUUCAAUAUAUUUGUGUAUUUCUAUGACACUUCGAAUAAAAUUUUAUAAUUUAAUAUUUUAAUAUUUAUUUAACACACAAAAAUCAUGUAUGAAUUAUCAGCAUACAUAUAAAUAAUAAUAAUUGUG